AUGACAAUCAAAAAUAUAUUUUCUUCCAUCGCCAUUACCAUCAACCAUCUCAAAGCAAAGUAUCGCGACCAUGUCCAAGCUAACAGAGUCAAACUACUGUUACAAGAGCUCCAAGAAGCAGAACAUACCCAGAUCCAACUCGACUGGAUAUCUGAACAUCGUCGGGAGAUAAGACGGGCCAAUAAUAUCAUCCAACGAGAAAUUCACCUCGGUGCGACGUAUUCCCACUAUGAAACUCAGGUACAAAAUGAGAGCCCGCCAGAACCUUCCACCCUUAAGGAGCUUCGGCAGUGCGAUAUCGAGCUCAAGCUACUCAACAUUGAAUACUUCCAGCAUCUGGAACGAAAGGCAGAACUCAUGAAUCGCAAGCCACCAGGGCGCUUCGUCUGCGGUACAACCCCAAACGGCUCUGGACUAUUGAACGGGCCUACUGCCAACUUCGUGGUGGCUGUUGCGCUCGUGAGUGUGGUUGCUGUGAACGAUCUUGGCACACCAUUCGGGAUCCUUCUGGAGAGGUUCGAUAUAUGCACUGCACAGGAAGUUGUGGAUGCUGCACCCGCCAUCGCGGUUAUUCUUCAAGUGUGGUAG